AUGACUGGAAACAAAUAUCCACUCUCCACACAGCUGUGCAUCAAUGGAAAGUUGGUGGAUAGUCACUCAUCCGAGAGAUACUCUCUUUUCAAUCCGGUGGAUGACUCGCUGUUCUGCGACCAGGUUCAAUAUGCAGCAGCCGAGGAUGUGGACGCUGCAGUUGAAGCAGCAGAGGCGGCAUUCAAGGGACCUUGGCGAAAAUUCACAGCUACACAAAGAGGAGAGGCACUUGUAAAGCUAUCCGCUUUGAUUUUGGAGCACAAAGAGGAGCUGGCAUACUUGGACGGGACUCCUACUGGGAAGACUGCAGCCAUCACCGAAGCUGAGUUCGCCGCGUCAAUUCUCCGCUACUAUGCUGGCUGGGCCGACAAAUACCCUGGCGAAUCGUACCCAGGUGAAGACGGUAUGGUCAAAAUUGUGCGACAAGAGCCCCUAGGCGUGUGUGUCGGAAUCAAUCCCUGGAACGGACCUAUUGCAAUCAUGGCUAUGAAACUUGGUCCUGCUUUGGCAAUGGGAAAUGUCAUUAUCUUAAAGCCAAGUGAGAAAACGCCGUUGGCUUCAAACAGACUCGCAUUUCUGGCCUCCGAGAGUGGUAUUCUCCCACCAGGCGUGUUCCAGAGCCUGUCUGGCGCGGGAGCAACCGGGGCUAUGCUUGCAAGCCAUAUGAGAGUAAGAAAAGUUAGUUUCACAGGCUCAAUUCCAACAGGAAAAAAGAUACAAGAAGCGGCCGCGAAAAGUAAUCUGAAGAGAGUGACACUUGAGCUUGGUGGGAAAUCCCCAUCCGGUAUUUUUGAAGACUGCGACUUCGACAAUGCGGUCUGGUGGUCUGUAUUUGCCAUUACGCAGAAUACCGGCCAGGCAUGCUAUGCAGCGAGUCGAGUUUAUGUGCAAGAAGGUAUCGCAGAUAAGUUUGUCGAGGCAUUCACAAAGGGGAUGUCAGAGAAGAUAAACGAGCUUGCCCCUCUUGCAGAUAAAACUCAACUAUCUCGGGUAUCAUCGUUCUUCCAACGAGAUGCGGGAAAAACUCAGAUCUUGGUUGGUGGAAAGCAGCACGGUGACAAAGGAUGCUACUGGGAACCAACCGUCUUCUAUAACCCGGAGAAAGAUGCUCAAGUCUACAACGAGGAGAUAUUUGGACCAGUGGCAUGCAUCAGUACAUUCAAGGAUGAAGAGGAAUUUUUGCGUCUUGCCAAUGAUACUGAAUAUGGUCUGAUGGCCGGUGUUUUCACCCAAGAUAUCAACCGUGCCAUGCGAAUUUCCUCGGAAUUGGACAGUGGCGUUGUUGGGAUUAACUGCGUCAGCACCAUCAGCCUGCAGACUCCUUUCGGAGGCUCAAAGCAGUCUGGAAUCGGACGGGAGAUGAGUCACUAUGCUCUCCGAAGCUACAGUGAGCCGAAGACUGUUCUCAUAAACAUGAAUUAUUAG